AUGGCGGGAGACCGCGAGGCCGAGUGCGAGACUCCAGAGCAGCCGCAGGACCAGCACGGCCCCCGGCAGCCCUUCCUCAUCGGGGUCGCUGGCGGCACGGCUAGCGGAAAGUCAUCAGUCUGUGCAAAGAUCAUGGAGCUCCUUGGCCAAAAUAAGAUUGACCAUCACCAAAGGCAGGUUGCAAUUCUCAGUCAGGACAGCUUCUACAAGGUGCUAACUUCAGAGCAAAAGGCCAAAGCUCUCAAAGGACAGUUCAAUUUUGAUCACCCAGAUGCAUUUGAUAACGAGUUGAUAGUGAAGACUCUGUGGGACAUCAUGGAUGGAAGAACAGUUCAGAUCCCAGUCUAUGACUUUGUUACCCAUUCAAGGAAAGAGGAAACGGUCACUGUGUACCCAGCUGACGUGGUGCUAUUUGAGGGAAUCCUCAUGUUCUACUCACAGGAGAUCCGGGACCUGUUUCAGAUGAAGCUGUUUGUGGAUACAGAUGCAGAUACACGACUCUCACGCAGAGUCUUGAGAGACAUCAGUGAGCGAGGACGGGACCUAGAGCAGGUGCUAAACCAGUAUAUCACGUUUGUGAAGCCUGCCUUCGAAGAGUUCUGCCUGCCAACAAAGAAAUAUGCUGAUGUGAUCAUCCCAAGGGGAGCUGAUAAUCUAGUUGCCAUAAAUCUGAUAGUGCAGCACAUCCAGGACAUUCUGAAUGGUGGUUUGACCAAACGGCUGAACGGUUGUCUCAAUGGCCAUAGCGCACCACGAAAGCGGCAGCCGUCAGAGUCCAGCAGCAGGCCACACUGAUGCACACUGAACGUGGGAAUGAGAGAAGGAUGACAGUAAAGGACUGGAGGGAGAAAUGGAGGAUUGUUUGUACAUACUUGCAGUUCACAAAUACUGUAUUUAAAACAGUUAAGAAAUUCAAGAAAUGCCUUCUUUGAUUUUGUAUUAUUAUUGUUUCAUGUCCUUUUUUGUUUUUGUUUUUUUUGGGUUUUUUUUUGGUCUGUGCACUUUUUGAGGGAAAUGCUCCUGGUUCAAAAUGAUGACAGGUCAAACUUUUUUUUUUCUGUCUUAUUUAUUUAUGAAUUCUUUUAACUCUUUGCCCCCCUGUUUGAGAGGAUUUGUGAAGUAAAGGAGGAGAAUGUCCACACGGCUUUACAGUUUUGCCAAAUGGACCUAGCUGGUAGAGUAGUAGGCUAGUGCAAAAUUGUGAAGGUGGGAAUACAAAGUGAAGGUCUUGCAUCUUUCAACAUUACUGCUAGAGCCCUUGCCUACUUAGAGUUAAUGUCAUAUAUUGGCAUGAUAUUUCCUGCCAAGCACUUUGUCAGCACUUCCGUCUUUGGCCUGUUACCAAUUAUUUCACCAGAAAGUACAAUCUGAUCAUCGCUCCUAAGGAAAGAUAACUAUCUUCAUGCUACAUUUCAGUAAAUAUCCAUCUUCUGUACACAUCAGGGUGGAAUUUGUAUUGUAAAAAGAAGUAGUAAUUCUGUGACAGACACUUAAAGCCAGAAGGGAAUUUGGUUAUUCUCCAGGUCCUAUGUAGCCAGUUCCUUUAACACAGAUUAAAUAAGUCCAGAACCCAUAUCAGUGUCAUUUGUGUACCAUACUUGAUGUUGCAUCCUUUGUCUUCUACAUUUUUAUAGGCCGAUGAAAAAUCAUGUACUUUAAAUAUUUUUUUUGUUUUGUUUUUUUUCGUUUGUUUUUUUUUCCUGAACUUUUGCCAGUCUUUAAGUAUUUUAGGUCAUGAAUGCUCUAUAUAUUAAGGACUACGGUCAUCAGAUUGUUUUGCCUGCAUGUCUUUAGGAGAUCAUUGACCUUCUUUAUUUUGGGUUAGUGUUUAGCACUACUGGCCAUGUUUUUGUUUUGAUUUUGUUACCUAGCAACAUGAAGCAUACACCGUGAUGCCACUCCAAUCACUAUGAAACACAAAAAUCACCAAAGAAUCCAUUUGGCAUUCUUUAAUAUGCAUUUUCAGUCUAUUGAAGGAUGCACAAGGCUCACUUUUUCUCUUGCUCAGGAUCCCAAUGCUCGCUCCAUCUCCCAUAAUAUUCUACUUAAGCUGCUUCAGGGACGUAUCCAGAGAACUGAUAGUGUUUCCUUUUUGUUUUCCCUUAAAGGGCUCAUUACUACUUCUCAAAACACUCUAAACACUCUUCUCUGAAGGUAGAUAAAAAAGGGAACCCAUUUUUUAUAUCAUAAUCACAACAAAGGUCUUACUUAAU